GAUUGUCUUAAGCAAGAUGUGCUGUGAUUGGUUGAUGAAUGACGCAAAUUAACCCUUCAGCUACUCUGAUUGGCCGUUCCAUGAGGAGCAAUUCAAUACAGCUAGACACACCGAUUGUCCUAUUUAUUAGUUCAAUACAUGUUCAAACGAAUCAAAAAGGUUUGGAGUUCUCCAAAAUGGUUCGGUCACAUCUUCUUGUGUAUUUCUGCAUGUUUUGGACAAUCUAUUGUCCUAAGAUGUCUGCAAGCGUUACACUAUCCCCAGAGUCUUGGCCUGAGGGGGAGUAUGAGAGGUUUGAACGCUUGAACCUUAUAAAGGACUACAGACCAAAACCAUUAGCUUUCAGCAGUGGCAAAGGAAUGGUGGCAGGGACGACAAACGCGUUUGCAGUGCACGUAGGAAUGGAUGCUCUGAGGAAAGGAGGAAAUGCGAUGGAUGCUUGUCUGUCUACGGCGAUAACUGAGGUUGCGUUAGCUGCGGGAUCGUACGUAUCAUACACGGGCGUCACCAACAUUCUUUAUUACGAUCGUAAGACAGACAAAGUCUACAGCCUAGAUGGUGGGUGGAAUAUACCAAGUCACGUACCCCCAGACAUCCCACCAGUACAUUCACAAGGCCCAAAUGGCGCCACCGUUCUUAUCCCAGGAUUCAUUGCAGGGGUAACAGAGGCAGCGAAGAGAUUUGCGAAGUUUCCUCUCAGCACGCUUCUUGAGCCCGCGAUUUAUUUCACAGAGAAAGGUUUCAAGUUACCCUAUUGGUUGUACGGGAGUAUUUAUGUUAAUUAUAACUCGAAGACGUUACUACGAACGCCCCAGGGAAGGGCCAAGUUUACCAAUCCAGUUACUGGAAAACCUUACGCAUACCAGGAAUUAUUCAGACAACCGCUUAUGGCCGAGUUCCUGAAGAACAUCUCGGCGUCGGGGAAGGACUAUUUUUACAAGGGCUUCUUUGGGAGAACCAUGGCUGCGAUAGUCCAGGAAGAGCAAGGCACAAUUACCGCAGCAGACAUGGCAAAUUACCAGGCGACAUGGAACGAGCCAGCAAACACCACCUACAGCGGACAUCAAAUCUAUUCGUCAGGGUCGGACUGGGGCGGAGCGGAGCUGGUGGAAAAGUUAAACCUCAUGGAGCUAGCCGGCUUAAGUGAUAGCGAAAGCUCUUAUCUUAGCAAUUCUUCGAAACUGUUUUGGCUAGGUUCUAUAUCCCGGUUAAGUUUCUUUGCGUCUUGGUACGGGAAGAUAGUCAAGAACGGAUUGGAUAUCCUUGAGAAAUCUUUUGGAGCUGAUUUUUCUUUAAACAACAGGAAAACUAAAGAGAAUGCAAAGAAAUUGUGGGAGAAGAUAAGAAGUCCUGAAAAGAUGCGACAGGCCAAUGCAAUAAUCAAGAAGCUACUCGGCGGUACAGAAGAAAAAAGGGCAGUUAACCUCGAGGAAUAUUUUGGUUCAGAUGGUGUCGUUGCCCUGGAUACCGAAGGAAACGCAUGCGCAAUGAUUCAUACUAUAAAUAGCCUUAUGUGGGGCACAGGGUUGUUCUUGCAAGGGAAUGCUCUUCCACACUCAGCAGCUAUUUUUAAAAGCUAUGUUAAAAAUACCGAGCCGGGGACAAGACUUCCCAACGGGUUACAACCCGUGCUUGCUCUUAAGGAAUCGGGAAAUGACAGAAAAGGAGGCAAUGGCCGCAAGCCCGUUCUCGCUGUUUCAGUUGUAGGACAGUCCUACGCCAUGAACACAAACCAGUUUAUAACAAGUAUUUUGGACAGUUACAAGACACCAAGAGAAGCUGUUAACACCCCAACCUUUUUGCUCCCCAGUACUGAUAGUUUCUAUCAAGAUGUCCGUAUGGAAGAGUUUGCCAUCGCCGAGAAUAUCCUCAACGAUGCGCGAGCACUGGGACUUAAUAUCACCGAGGUGUCAUACAAAGUGUCCAAUGGGGCGCUGGGUCUGGGUGUGAUCGUUACGGCUGAUGGGAAGGGGAAUAUGUAUGGCUGUUCCAAUGCUGAUCGAUGGGGGUAUUCUGAAGGGGUCUGACAAAAACCCUGAACAUCUCCGCUAUUUUGGGAUACCUGUGGCAAAAUGGCGGCGACCACAAAUACCAUAAUACAUUACUCUUCGCAUCAUAGUAGUCCCCUUCACAGUUCCCUGCGCC